UCGUGACGCGCACACUCGUCCGUAGCAAACAUAACAGAAAGAAAGCGAAUCGAGUGGUGUUAACACCACAAAAUCCCGUGAUAACUCCUCGAUAUUAUCACCACCGAGUUCUCCGGUCUUCAAAACUCCAUAAAAUAACUGAAAAGGAUCACUAAACCGCGGGAAAUCACUGGAUAAAUGAAAAAACCUGCAAUUUCUAUUCGUGAAUGUCCUGUCCAGAUGAUGGCUGCAUGAUUUCACUCGCCAGCCGCAUGACUCUAGAUAGCGAUGGCAGAUCGCCAGCAGCCUCCCCCGGACUACAAGCGUAUGUCCCUGGACAAGAUAAUCGAGGCAAUGACAGCCGACCUUGAGGGUCCAAGUGGUCACUACGUCCAAUUCGGUAUACCACCCUCCCAGCCCCCCCUGUCCACCAACUGGUCAGACUAUCCCUCUGAACCUAUUCACCCUCAUCCACCCCCAGCCCCUCUCCCAGCUUCCCACCCUCAGAUACCCCUGCAACCCCCAAUUUACCUUCCAGAGGCCUUCGACACCCCCUCAGGAGAGCUCAUCUACUUUCCACCUCAAACCGUAAACCACCUGGGAAUAACCGAGAACAACGACCUGGUGGGUACCAUCGACGUGGGCAAUGGUAACUUCAUAAAUGUUAUCUACGGGAAUGCCUCCCAGAUAGUCCCCGAAGAUGUUCCUAGCAUGUCCCCUUACUCCAACCAUCAAAUGAUGGACAGGGAGUACGGAUUGUUUGAUCAGAGGGGUCACCACAAUCUCCAGAACUCUACGACAAAUGGAAAACAACUGAUUGACAAUCUCGUUGGGAAUUGGGUGCCGAAUCAAUCUGGAACGUACAGUCCCUUCGGAGGUUCGCCCAAUGUCACCCCAGUGCCGCACGCCUCCCCAGAGGUAGAGGAGGUCCCCAAGGUGAUGGAGACCCAGAAGAAACCAAGAAUGGUGGCUGAGGUGAAGCCCAUGAGGCCCAGUUAUUCCUCAGUGCUGACCAAAUCAGCACCCCCUCCACCCUCACCCCUCAAUGCUCCCCAGAGCAAAGUCCAGGUGGACUCGACGUUGAAGAAAACAUCGAAGAGCUCCAAGGGGUCCAAGGGCAAGCCAGGUGUCCUCAAGAGACAGAAUUCCUCUGGCAGUGAUGAGCAUGGCUCGCCUAAAAAUGAGGCCCCGAAAAAAAAUGAGAAGAAUAAUUCGAAUUUGUCGAGGCGUUGGGUAUCUCUGGAUAAUCUCGGAGGCAAUGAGGGUCAUGAGAGGAAUGAUAUGAAUGGAUUCAGCAGACCAGACCAGAGGAAGACCUCCAAGACUGCCAGGAAAAACGAGAGAAAUGAAACGCUUAAUAAUACCAAGGUGCAGAGUGGGGGAAAAAUCGGCGGAAACAAUCAGAAAAGACCCAUUCAUAUAAAUAAUAAUCUGGGGAAUGAGGGCCUUGGCGAGAGGGUGGAAAAGAAUAUCCAAAUUGCCACCAAAGGGAAGGAGGAGAAAAAGAAAGACAAGGGGGCUAAGAGGUUUCAUCCUGAGAAGGAGAAGGUUCUGAAGAAGGGAAAAAACCGGAAAAGGGAGAACAGGGAAAGUCCGGUGAAAGAUCUGUGCAAGAAUUUUAAUAAAUAUGCCAGCCGCUGGAGCAAAAUUGGGCUUAAAGUGUUUUAUUGGCUUCUUCAUCUUAUCACAGAUGUUGUUAGUAUGAGUACUAAUCUUGUCAUUCAGUUUGUUAAGUGCAUGUGGUUUCAUACUGUAUUAUAUCUGAAAUACUCAUGGGCCUACGUGUCCACAACAGUCGCGAAGAUUCGAUUUUUGAAUGCUAUUGGUAAGAGGAUUGACGAUAAAUUUGGAAACAGUAGAUUCGCAUUUUGGCGAAGAUUAAAGUCGAAGAGAAAGGAGGAGAAGGAUGAUAACGUACACUGGUUGCAAGGUGGACUUGAGGCUAAUAUUGCUCUACCUAGUACUGGUGAAGAGGCGAUGAAAAGACUGUUGGCUUGCAAGGGAAAGGAUCCAUACAGCAUUCUCGGGGUAACACCCACAUGUUCAGAUGACGAUAUAAAAAAAUAUUAUAAACGUCAGGCUUUUCUCGUUCACCCCGAUAAGAAUAGUCAACCUGGGGCCGAAGAGGCUUUUAAGAUACUGGUUCAUGCGUUUGAUAUUAUUGGAGAACCUGAAAGGAGACAGGCAUUCGAUCAAACUCGUCAGGUUGAGGCAGCCUGGGGUGAGCUGAGCGAUCUUCUGUCCCAAUUGCAUAGAAAAAUGGAGCAGGCUGCAAAUACGAUUAGAUGUACAAAUUGCGGACUGAGGCAUAAACGUGUACCAACACAGAGGCCCUGUUAUGCUGCUCGAUUCUGUGCCCAAUGUAAGAUACGUCACAGUGCUAAGGAGGGUGAUAUUUGGGCGGAAUCGCGGGUCAUGGGAUUUCUCUGGCACUACUAUGCGUGCAUGGAGGGUGCAGUUUACGAUGUGACUGAUUGGGCUGCCUGUCAGGCUGGUAAUCUCAAACAUUUGCGUGCUAAUACCCACAAUGUGCAGUACAGAAUUGUUCUCGGACAGAGGCCACCACCUCAAGGUGCCACUGGCAAGAAGCGACAGCAUGUCGAUGGUAGCGCAACGGACGCAGAUCUCGAAGAUUUUCUCAAUAAUCUCUACAAUCACAGUAAAACCGGGGGUGCAACAGCAACGACAGAACAACCAAUCUCGAAAGAUAGUCGGAGACGUAAAGCAAAACGCAAAUGAAGACUUGAUCUCUUUUCAACAACUGCACCCAUCGUAUUACUUGAUUCAUAAUACUCCUGCUGUUAAUUUCUCUUUUAAGUUUUUUCCUCCCACUUUUUUUUUUAUUACGUUGCUUCGCAGAUUAAUGUUACUACCAGAAACACCCAACUAAUGUUCAAGUGUCAGACCUUUGCGAGUGAUAAGCAAUGACGAUUUAUGAGAUUCUUUCUUUCUUCGUUCCUCUUGGGAAUGAAGUGUUUAUGAUAAUUAAACAUGAAUUCGAAGUUUGCAAUUUUGUGUUUUUUGUUUGAAUAAAGAUGAAUUCCUUUUG